AUGGAAUUGAUAUCUGAUCAAAAGGAAAAAUCGAUAAUCCCCAAAUCUACAUGGUUUAUAGUAAUCAGUGAAUUUUUUGAACAAUUUGCCUAUUUUGGUUUGAAAGCUGUUUUGAUUUUGUGCCUGACAAGAAUAUUGAAGUUCAACGGAGACGAGUCAACAAUAAUAUAUCACAGUUUCAUAUUUCUAUCGUUCUUCGUGCCAUUGCCGUGUGCGAUCUUGGCAGACUCUUAUUGGGGAAAAUUCAAAACAAUAAUAUGUAUGUCAUUUUUCUACGUAUUGGGAUGCGUAAUGCUCACCGGUGCAUCAAUUGCAGAUAUUAUCAGCCUGGACGUUCAAAAAAUCUUCACACUCCUCGGGUUAUUUUUUAUAUCCGUCGGUAUAAGUGGCAUAAAACCGUGUAUUUUUGCGUUUGGUGGAGAGCAAUUUCAAUUACCAUAUCAAGAAAAGCAGCUACAACACUUUACUACCAACUACACAUUGGCGAUAUACAUUGGAUCAUUAUUAUCAAAGUUUUUGAUGCCUGAAUUCAGACAAAGCAUACAUUGUUUUGGCAAAGACACGUGUUUUCCGUUGGCUUUUGGUGUGCCGACCAUAAUGGUGUUCAUUUCCAUUGCGAUAUUCGUAGCUGGAAAAAGCAUGUACGUGAAGAAAAAGCCAGAACAGAAAGUGAUAACAAGGACGUUUGGCUGUAUUUUUUACGCAGUGCGAAAGAAGUUUACUUCAGCCGUUCCAAGAAAAACUCACUGGUUGGAUAACGCAAAGGAAAUGUACACAGAAUCAGAGAUAUCAGACACAAAGUCUGUUCUAGACCUUAUCUGCGUAUUCACGACAAAUCCUGUGUUUUGGUCACUUUUCACACAAUCGGGUUCAAGUUGGACGUUACAAGCCACGCUGAUGAAUGGUGACGUGGACUUCUUAAACUGGACAAUUAAACCCGAUCAAAUCCAGUUACUAGUACCGUUAAUUGGAAUAACCGUUCUCGUAUUUUUUAAUGACUUUUUGUAUCCAAUGUUUGCGGCGAUAGGCAUCCGGAAACCAUUACAAAAGCUCACCUUUUGCGGUGUCCUGGCGGUCAUAGCAUUUGUGUUUGCGGCGCUACUGCAAUUUAAAAUAGUUGGCAAAACAACUGAGAUACCAUCUGGCCAAGGAAGGAUAUCCAUCUAUAACGGAUUCGAUUGCAACGUGUUCGUACAGUCAAAGUCGUUACACGUACAACAUCAAAUCGGUCCACUCGAUAUGUUCAACGUCAGUCAUACGAUCGUGUCUCAGAAUGUCUUAGGAGACAUCGCUGUCGUCGGGAUUACAAUAGGUUUUGAAACAAAGUGUAGUUUUGUGUCAGAUAACUACGAGCUCAAUACCACUCUAUCAAUAAUCGAAGGAAAAGAGAUUUCUUAUCACUUGAUCCGUCUAAAUUCAAACACGAUUGCACUAAACCGUGUUGGCGCUCAUGAUAGUUUAAUAAAAGAGAAGUUUGGGAACCCAAAGUUAAGAAUUUUGGUCGAUCAUACUUUUGGUUUUGACGAUGAUAUUAUACUCACCAGUGCAGAUCACACCUCAUUUACUUCGUAUCCUCUCACUCGGUUUCGAGGGAUGAGCUAUAAUACCAUAAAAAUAGGAAAAUAUAAAGUAUUCUACAACGGAACAAUGUUGCCACACCAACUAUGA